CGCGCUGCCUGCCAAUGAGCCACGGGAGCGCACACAAGGCACCGCGGCGCUGCGGGACGUUCAUGCACAGCUGAGCCUCGCGUGGGACUUUGCUCGAGUUCUUGAAAAACAUCUACAAGUUAGCUCUGAUGACGAGAGAGAGAGAGAGAGAGAGAGAGAGAGUAUCAAAGGGCGAGCGAGAUAACCUGAGGAGCAUGCGGGGCUUUUUUACGCGAGAGGGGGCAAGUGUUGCGCCACUUGCUGCUGUGGCACGAGCGCUGUGAUUGUUUUGUUUAAACACACAUUGUUUUUUUAAAGCGUAAAGAGUGACUUUUAGAAGUAUGAUGUCUUUUGAUGUGGCAUGUUUCCUGCGUUGUGUCCUCGUGCUCUGGAGUGCAACUCAUGGGAUGUAGUAAAUGGAGAGCUGCGUUCAACUUUGGACACCUGCGGGUGCAGUCCAAGCUGUCCGUCUUCUUGACCAUGAUCAUUCUCUUCACGUACCUCUUUUACUCCCUCAACGGAUACUGUGACUCCUUGCCCAGGCCCGUGUACGACCAGAAAAGCAAUCUUCAAAACCAAAUCCCCAUCGACGAUGGACACGAGGCGUCGGCGCAGCAGCUCGGCGCGUACAACGCUUCUCGGGUCGUGCGCGAGCAGCUGUCGGACUUGUCGCACAGAGACGCCCCAUCGAGCAACAUCUCUAUAGCCAAUAAUUUCGGCAGCAAAAAGUUCCCCCAGGCCAUCAUCAUCGGGGUGAAGAAAGGUGGCACUCGGGCUCUGCUGGAGUUCCUGCGCAUCCAUCCGGACGUGAGAGCCGUCGGCUCUGAGCCGCACUUCUUUGACCGCUUCUACGACAAGGGACUGGACUGGUACAGGAACCUGAUGCCUCGUACCCUGGAGGGUCAGAUCACCAUGGAGAAGACCCCCAGUUACUUUAUCACUAAGGAAGCCCCUCGCCGUGUCUUCUCCAUAAGCCGCCACACCAAACUCAUCGUGGUGGUGCGUGACCCCGUGACCCGGGCUGUUUCUGAUUACACCCAGACUCUGUCCAAAUCUCCCGGGCUCCCUUCCUUCCAGAACCUGGCCUUCCGCAAUGCCACCACAGGCCUCAUCGACACAUCUUGGAGUGCCGUGCGCAUCGGCAUCUACGCCAAGCACCUGGAGAACUGGCUGCGCUUCUUCCCGCUCUCACGCCUCCUCUUUGUCAGCGGCGAGCGCCUUGUGACGGACCCAGCAGGCGAGAUGGGCCGGGUUCAGGACUUCUUGGGGCUCAAACGCGUGGUGACAGACAAGCACUUCUACUUCAACCAGACCAAAGGUUUCCCCUGCCUAAAGAAGCCAGAGGGGAGCAGCAGGCCACGAUGCCUCGGGAAGUCGAAGGGCAGACCCCAUCCCCAGAUCCCCUCUGACGUCCUGCAUCGGCUCAGAAACUUCUACAGACCCUUCAAUCUCAAGUUUUACCAAAUGACCGGCCACAAUUUUGGCUGGGAUUGAACGGCUACUCACCAAAGCUCUUAAAGACUGUUCCCGGCAUUCUUGGUCAGCCAGCUACCAAAACAGGGAUAUCUUGAAGACAUUGUGUCUUGAAGACAUUGUGUAUUACCAAAGCUUUUACUGUACAAAAUAUACCUUCCAUGCUAUUCUUAAGCUAUAAAAACUCACAUCAAAGUGAUGCUAACGGAACGCUUUUGAGAAGGGCUGGUUGCUGCUGCAUUGUGACAAGGGAAAACAGGAGGACUUGGCCAGGAGAAUGCUGAGCUGUCAUUAAUGUCCAAAACACUUUUUGUUUUGAAAAUAACUCCAGAAAGACGGCAACACUGCAAAGAGAUGUGUCUGAAGUUAAACCAAAUGGCAAAAGAGUAACAAGCCUCGACAGUUUGGCAAAGCUACGAUAAACCAAAUGACAUAUUGGACUAUUGGGACACGGGAGCUCUGCUGAAUAACAACAACACUUACAGGGAGGAAAGAGGCAACGGGUUUAGAAUUAUGCACAACGGCACAAUCAAAAUAAAUGUAUAUGUGUAUUGUUGAGAUAUAACCUAAUGAUUCAGAAUAAUUUCUAUCCGAUAAGCAUUGUUGCGUUCGCCUCUGUCACGUUUAUUAUGUGUAUGAAUUUAAAGGAAGCCCCCCUUCUGGACUGUCUUUAUUAAAAAAGAAAGAUGUUUCAAACGCAAAAGAAUACCUGGUACUGGUAAACGAAUAUGUAGUGAUGUAAAACACCGCCACUAUGUGCUGUACUUUUGCUGUUAUUUAUGUUGCCAAUACAGUGGUUGUAUGAAAGGUUCUCCACAGACAACACGUGAAUCUGUGAUUGUUUUCUACUUCAUUUUAUCUACACUCACCUCCACAAACGGUACUUACAUGCAACUCUAUAUUUCUGAAAGCCUAAUUUAUAACAUGACAAACUAUUGUUCAGAUGUUUUCUGUGAGACUUUUGUAUAUGACAUUCUGUAGAAAAUUCUGACUAAAACUUUUAUUC